AUGGACAUCAAGCAAAUAGUCAACUCGAAAGGGUCGAAAGGAGUUGCGGCGGCAGUUGCUAAUGGCUCUGCGCAAGAUUUGCAUCUUCUUCAAUCGAUCCAGCAAGCCAACAGCAUCCCCAUGUCUGAUACGGGUUCGGAGCGUGGCAACUCUCCCCAUGACUCUGAGCGAUCCCGGUAUUCGGGAUACGGUCCUAUGAAUGGAAUGAGCGGAGCUCCGAACACUAUGCGAUACCCUUCGCCAACAGCUAUGCAAAACACGAUGCCAAUGAUGCAACAACAGCCUUAUCGACCAGACAAUGGAUUCGACAACGGUAUGAUGCAGCAAGAGACCGCUCGGCCUGCACGUCAAGCUGGAGGCGACGGCGCUCAAAAGGCAUUUCCCUGCAGCUCUUGCGGUAAAGGUUUUGCCCGGCGAAGUGAUCUUGCACGCCAUGAACGUAUACAUAGCGGUGUUCGGCCCCACGUCUGUGAGCAUCCUGGCUGUGGAAAACAAUUCAUUCAGCGGUCCGCUUUGACUGUUCAUAUGAGAGUCCAUACUGGCGAGAAGCCUCACAUGUGCGAACGUUGUGGAAAGCCUUUUAGUGACUCCAGUUCCCUCGCAAGACAUAGACGAAUCCAUUCUGGAAAGAGACCUUACAAGUGCCCCUAUGCCGACUGUCAGAAGACCUUCACCCGCCGUACCACGCUGACUCGGCACCAAAAUCACCACACUGGAACCGUUGAGGAAGCGGCAGCUGCAACAGCAGCAGCUCUCGCAACUCGCAGCACGCAAGGUUCGAGACAGCGCUCCGAUGGCGAGCAAUAUUCCAACAAUGGAUCUCCAAUGUCAACCCCAUCUCCUCUCCAGCGAACACACUCUGUAUCCCCUAAUUCCGAGCUUGCACCGAUGAAUCAUAUGCCUCGUCACCCAGCAGAGUAUCAUCAAUACAUGAACAAUAGUUCGCUACCCGGACAUCUCCGUGGUGAAUACAGUAUUCCUCACCAACCACCUCCAAGCACAGCCUCUUACUCCAAUGGCAUGCGACCAACGUCGCAUCCUACCGGUUACGGACCGCCAACUAUCCUCGAGCCACCUACCAGCGGGGAACAACGCCAACAAGGGAGUGUGGGCGGUAGCCCUCAUAUGAGUAACGCGGGUUGGGCGUCACCUUCGCACAACAUGCCGUCACCAUCUCAUAGCAACUACAUGUACCCAGAUCCCGACACAUAUGGAUCUCCAGCACCAAUGGGCCAGAUGUUUUAUCCAAGUUCGAAUGUCAGGAGACCACAGAGCACAGAGCCCGAUGCGUACGACAUUAAGCCGAGAAUGAACGAGAUGUGGACUGCAGCCCAAUAA